CGCCCUCGGUCACAGGGAGGCGGCAACCGCUUCUCCCGAGCUCUUCCCGGCUGGCGGGGCUGCUGCAGCUCGCUUCGGUGCCGACCAUGGGGGACCCGAGCAAGCAGGACAUCCUGAGCAUCUUCAAGCGCCUCCGCUCGGUGCCCACUAACAAGAUGUGCUUUGACUGUGGAACCAAAAAUCCCAGCUGGGCGAGCAUAACCUACGGAGUGUUUCUUUGCAUCGAUUGCUCGGGGUCACACCGGUCACUUGGUGUCCAUUUGAGUUUCAUUCGAUCUACGGAACUGGACUCUAACUGGUCUUGGUUUCAACUGCGCUGCAUGCAAGUUGGAGGAAAUGCCAACGCUUCUUCCUUUUUCCACCAACACGGCUGUGCCACCAAUGACACCAAUGCCAAAUACAACAGUCGCGCAGCUCAGCUCUACAGGGAGAAAGUCAAGUCCCUGGCCUCCCAGGCCACUCGGAAGCACGGCACAGAUCUGUGGCUGGAUAGCUGUGUAGUUCCGCCUGCGUCCCCUCCUCCAAAGGAGGAGGAUUUUUUUGCCUCUCAUGUCUCUGCUGAGGUGAGUCGCACAGGGCGGGUGUCCACACAGCCAGAACCAUCCCCUUUAAUGCCACAGGCCGUGGAAACCACUCCAGAGAAAAACAAAGAUGGACCAGAACAAGGACCUAGUGUGGAAGGCCUGAACAUGCCAGGGAAGGCAGUUGUAGAGGUUUCAUCCAUUAUAAAAAAGAAACCAAAUCAAGCUAAAAAAGGACUUGGUGCCAAAAAAGGAAGCUUGGGCGCCCAGAAACUGACGAAUGCGUGCUUCACUGAAAUCGAAAAGCAAGCUCAUGCGGUGGACAAGAGAAAGGAGCAGGAAGACAUGCUGGCUAGAGCAGCGCCUGAAGAGGACUCCAUCAGAGUCUCAUCAUUACGACUAGCCUAUAAGGAUCUUGAAAUUCAGAUGAAGAAAGAUGAAAAGCUGAAGCUGACUGGCCAAAAAAAAGUGGAAGCAGAGAGACUUGGCAUGGGGUUCGGAAGCUGCAGGAGUGGCAUCUCCCAUUCAGUGACUUCAGAUAUGCAGACCAUAGAGCAGGAGUCUCCCACCCUGGCCAAACCGAGGAAGAAGUACCAUGAGGACGACGAGUCCUACUUCAUGUCCAGCUCAAGGUUCUUUGAGGACGCAAUGGAGUUAAGAGGCAGUAGUUCCUUUUCUAGCUGGGACGACAGUUCAGAUUCCUACUGGAAGAAGGAGGGCGACAGAGAUGCAGAAGCAGCCGUGAGAAGCACCGGCUCUUCAGACAGACCCAGUACCCGCCGGAAGCCAGACUACGAGCCUGCUGACAACACAGACGAGGCCCAGAAGAAGUUCGGCAACGCCAAGGCCAUUUCCUCAGACAUGUACUUUGGAAGACAAGACCAGGCCGAUUUUGAGGCCCGGGCCCGGCUGGAGAGGCUCUCGGCCAGCUCCUCCAUAAGUUCCGCAGACCUGUUCGACGAGCAGAGGAAGCAGACUGCCGGAAACUACAACUUCUCGAAUGUGCUGCCCAAUGCCCCUGACAUGGCCCAGUUCAAGCAGGGUGUACGGUCUGUCGCUGGAAAACUGUCCGUCUUCGCUAAUGGAGUCAUGUCUUCCAUUCAGGAUCGCUACGGCUCUUAAUCCUGAUUUCAUGCGGUGCCUGUCCUGGCAGAACCCUACUUCUGUGACUGGGACCACAUCAGACCAGGCUGCAGCGCUGACUCCUCUGUUCACUGUCCACAUCAUGUCUGCACACUUCUGAUUUUUACAUUUCCUUUGAGAAACUCCUGUAUCCUGACUAGUGGAAGCUUCACUGUGGUUUCUGUUGUAGCUUAGCUCCUGUACACCCUCCCGUGGUCAUACCCAAGCAUAGCCUUGCUGUAGAUUUUUGGACUCUUUAGUUCUAACAGCUAUGGACCCAGAGACACCGACCUGCCCCUCCCACUGUGGAGCGGGGCUGGGGGGGUCUCCCUGGGCCAUGAGCCAGGGCUGCCAGAGGGAUAAGAGGCUAGAAACAUCUCCCCAAGUUCACAGCCCACGUGUGUCAUUGAGAAGAAGCGCACAAUGAAAACAAGACCAAAACUGGCCAGCGUCUAAUCGGACAGGUAGCCUUGUUGGCAUUUCCACACUCCGAGGAGACCCUAUCCCUCGAAAGUGACUCUGUGCUCCAUGGAUUUAAAUACCUGCAAUGGGCUCUUGUAACGAGCCCAUGCUUCUACAAUGCCAAGGUGUGCUAUUUGAACUUGUGAGGAAAGCACGCGAGAACUCCCUAAGUGUGCUUACCAUGGAUGAAGAGUUAAACCAUGAAGGAGGAAGACACGGCUCAGAGAGCAGCUCAGUGAUGGGAACAGUGAUUGUGAUUGGGUAGCUUUUUAUCUUGACCUUGAGACUCCAAAAGUUACGAGAUGUAUGUAAAUCAAUAAAAAUAAUUUGGCUGUGUUUUAGACAGCACUGGAAUAUAUUGUUCAACACAGUGAAAUAUAUUUGAAAUUUGAUGAACCAAAAAUGUAAUUUCAGAUGAAUAUUUUGUGAAUCUUUCUUAAAAGCUCAAAUUUGUAGACUUCUAAAUAUAACAGACCAUCACAGCA